AUGAAGCUCUCCCUCGGCUCAGCCCUUGUGGGCCUGGCAGUUGCCCAAGCAUCCACUGUCAAGUACAGUGCUGUUACAGGCUAUUUCUUACAAGAUGAGGAUUCCACCGAUGCCUCUACAUUUGACUAUGUGACGGAGAAUUUCGGCUUGAUCAACCGCACUUACCCCGCGGACAAGCACAAUAAGAAGCACCUCACUCAAUGGGAACGCUUCUACCACCAAGUUUCCCGUUUCAAUGAGGAAUCCCCCAAACAUGUCGAGUACAAGGUUCUGUUCUUGGGCCGUCACGGCGAAGGAUGGCACAACGCCGCCGAGACAUACUAUGGCACGCCAGCUUGGAACUGCUACUGGGCCGAAUUAGACGGCAAUAGCACGGCAACCUGGGCCGAUGCCUCUCUCACGGAAAACGGUAUCUCGCAAGCCCUGACCGCAAAUGCAUUCUGGCAAAAAGAAAUCAACGAGCAACGCAUCCACACACCCGACCACUACUAUGUCAGCCCAUUGACCCGCACUCUGCAAACUGCCAAUUUGACCUUCACAGGCUUGGAUUUGCCUAAAGGUAGCGCGAGCUUCAAACCGACGAUCAAGGAACUUUUCCGCGAGGGAAUCAGCAUUCACACCUGCGACCACCGUCGCAGCCGUAGCUACAUCCAUGAGAUGUUCCCUUCGUGGCCUAUUGAGAAAGGAUUCAGCGAAGAGGAUGAGCUGUGGAAUGGGGUGUUGGCGGAAACGAGUGGUGCGCAGGACAUUCGAAGUGCAACAGCACUCGGUCAGGUAUUCUUUGGUUCCUCGAGUAAGAAGGAGUCCUUUGUAUCGAUUACCUCGCAUUCUGGUGAGAUUUCGUCGAUUUUGAGGGUCUUGGGACACCGCACGUUCAAACUGAAUACCGGUGCUGUUAUUCCUGUCUUGGUCAGAGCUGAAAAGACGGAUAAGAAGGCGACUGCUACUUCGGUUCCUUGGACUGCUGAACCUCACUGCACUGAGCCGCCCGUUUCGUCGGUCUCCGCUUGUGUCUGUCCUUCCAGUGCGGCCCCGGUCACUACGCCUUUGGCUACUGGCUUUUAA